AAAGUAUUCUAAAAGCUAGAGAGGCCACUGUCCUCUACAUCCCCCUCCUGCCACUUUCCUCCUAAGCUACCGUGCAUUGCUCAACCCGCGCUGCCCAGUACAGAAUUGCUUUCUUUAGCACUGUUCUCAGAAUCAGUAGCUGACACGAUACCCAACAUGCGUGUUUCCUGCUACCCCACCUCCGCUGUAUCCCACCUCUCACAUGUGCACACCUACUGUGCACCAUGGAGACCUGCACACUGGAUUGGGCACAGCCCGUGAACGCAGUGGUGCAUGUGGAUCUGUAGGUUCCCCUGUGCUCCGGCACACACAUGCAGAGCUGUGAUCUGAGCUGGGGACUUGGGCUCCUGGACUGGAGGGGCUGCUGGCCUAGGAAGACUCUGGCUAUGCCUGGCCAGCUGCUGUGUCCUCCGGGUGUAAAAAGGCAGCUGCACUCCUUAAAGGGAGUCUCUUAGGACUUGGUUUGUGUCUGUCGCAGUAAUAAUGUUUUCCUGAUAGCCAAAGUACACAUCCCUAGGAUGGUGGCUGUUCUGAUAACCUCGUACUGGCCUUCACCUCCAAACCCAGUGUUUUCCUCCUCCCUCCCUCAUUCUGUGCCUCUCCUCUGCCAAGAUUUUGUCUUUCUGCCUGGUUAUGCUCCAGAAUCCUUGCUUGUGUUCUCCAGGAAGCCCCACCCACCCUCCAGCAAGGCACAGAGGUGAAAUAUGCCCCUUUAUCUGAAGGUGCCACCAAGCCCUGGUAAGUGAGCCACACCAGGUUUCGCUCUGGAAGCUCCCCUCCAUCUGUGCCGCCAUGUCCACCUAGUUUCUUGUCCUGCACUCCCGGGAUUCUGCCUCCUGCACUUAGCUCAGCCUGCACUGCCCCAUACUUCUUGCAGGUUCUUGGAGUUUGCAAGAGUCAACCACAAGAGUCUCUCAGGGAUUCCCCACUAAGGUACCUUGAGAUGAAGCACACCCAUUUUUCUGAAGGUGACACUAGACCCUAAAAUGACAACACCCAGCCAGGGCUGGCCCUGGGAUGCCCUCCCCCACAUUAUCCAUGCCACCUGCCUCUGCUCCCAGGUAGGCAGUUACCCACACAGGUACACACCGGGCGCCACUCAGGUUGCACGGGGCCAGCCUGACCUGGGAGAAAUGGAUCAUUCCACACCUGUGUAUCUGAGUACAUGGUAUGCAUGUGACCUUGGCUCCAACUCCAUAAAUAUAGGAGAAAUGGAGAGAAGGGCGCCUAGGGGCAGACACUCACCAUGGGGCGCCUGGAGGUUCUGAUUUUUGGCCUCACUUGCUGCUUGGCAGCAGCUUGUGCUGCAAAGCUGGGUUCUGUGUACACAGAAGGUGGUUUCGUGGAGGGCUUCAACAAGAAGCUUAGUCUCUUGGGUGGUGAUUCUGUUGACAUCUUCAAAGGCAUCCCCUUUGCCACUGCCAAGACCCUAGAGAAUCCCGAGCGCCACCCGGGCUGGCAAGGGAUUCUGAAGGCCAACAGCUUCCAGAAACGUUGCCUACAGGCCACUCUCACCCAGGACAGCACCUAUGGGCAAGAAGACUGCCUCUACCUCAACAUCUGGGUGCCCCAGGGCAGGAAACAAGUGUCCCAGGACCUGCCUGUGAUGAUCUGGAUCUAUGGAGGCGCCUUUCUUAUGGGAUCUGGCCACGGGGCCAAUUUCCUCUCAAACUACCUGUAUGACGGGGAAGAGAUUGCCACUCGGGGUAACGUCAUCGUGGUCACUUUCAACUACCGUGUGGGACCUUUGGGUUUCCUUAGCACCGGAGACGCCAACCUUCCAGGUAACUUUGGCCUUCGAGAUCAGCACAUGGCUAUCGCCUGGGUGAAGAGGAACAUCGCAGCCUUUGGGGGGGAUCCCGAUAACAUUACCAUCUUUGGGGAGUCUGCCGGAGGUGCCAGUGUCUCUCUGCAGACCCUCUCCCCAUACAACAAGGGCCUCAUCCGGCGAGCCAUCAGUCAGAGUGGCGUGGCGCUGAGCCCCUGGGCCAUCCAGGAGAACCCACUUCUCUGGGCCAAAAAGAUUGCUGAGAAGGUGGGGUGCCCCACAGACGACACUAGCAAGUUGGCUGGGUGUCUGAAGAUCACAGAUCCCCGGGCCUUGACACUGGCCUACAGGUUGCCCUUGAAACAGCAGGAGUACCCCAUUUGGUAUUACCUGGGCUUCACCCCUGUUGUCGAUGGAGACUUCAUCCCUGAUGACCCCAUCAAUCUGUAUGCCAAUGCCGCUGACAUUGACUACCUGGCUGGCACUAACGACAUGGACGGCCACCUCUUUGCUACUGUUGACAUGCCAGCCAUCGAUAAGUCCAAACAGGAUAUCACAGAGGAGGACUUCUACAGGCUAGUCAGUGGAAGCACUGUCAAAAAGGGGCUUAAGGGUGCCCAAGCCACCUUUGGCAUCUACACCGAGUCCUGGGCCCAGGACCCAUCCCAGGAGAAUAAGAAGAAGACAGUGGUGGCCUUUGAGACUGACGCCCUCUUCCUGAUCCCCACGGAGAUGGCUCUGGCCCAGCACAGAGCCCAUGCCAAGAGUGCCAAUACCUACUCUUACCUGUUUUCCCACCCUUCACGGAUGCCCAUCUACCCCAAAUGGAUGGGGGCUGACCAUGCCGAUGACCUCCAGUAUGUCUUUGGAAAACCCUUCGCCACUCCACUGGGCUACCGGGCCCAAGAAAGGAGUGUCUCCAAGGCCAUGAUUGCCUACUGGACCAACUUUGCCAAGAGUGGGGAUCCCAACAUGGGCAACUCACAGGUGCCCACCCACUGGUACCCUUAUACCGUGGAGAACGGCAACUACCUGAACAUCACUAAGUCGAUAACUAGCACGUCCAUGAAGCAGCACCUGAGAGCCAAGUUCCUGCAAUACUGGGCUGUGACGUACGAGGUGCUGCCCACAGUGGCCGAUGAACAGGGGACCCUCCCUCCCCCUGAGGAUGACUCAGAAGCUGUCCCUGUGCCCCCUGUGGAUGAUUCCCAGGCUGCCCCUGUGUCCCCAACAGACGAGGCUCAGAUGCCUGUCGUUAUUGGCUUCUAAUGUCUGGUAAGCCUUGGUCCCAGGGUCUUCCUCUUUUUAGGUUCUCCUUUCUCAAUAAAGCCUUAGCUGUGCCCA